AUGAAUAAAGGUAAAUACGAGUGGCUUUUCAAUCCUGACUCGUGCAAUUUUAACCGCCAGCAGAUUGUUUUUGCAACAUUGGAUGACCUGUUCCAAAUAGGGAUGUUAUAUGAACUCAGCGACGAUCCUCGGCGGAAAAGUUUUUUAGACGACUUAUUUAGUUACAUGCAAAAAAGGGGUACUCCAGUCACCCGUAUUCCCAUCAUGGCUAAACAAGUACUCGACUUAUACGAGUUGUACAGGUUAGUCGUAGCCAGAGGUGGUCUAGUCGAAGUCAUCAACAAAAAAAUAUGGAGGGAAAUAACGAAAGGACUCAAUUUGCCUUCCUCCAUCACAAGUGCUGCUUUCACGUUAAGGACGCAGUACAUGAAAUACCUCUACGCAUACGAAUGCGACAAAGAAAAGUUAAGUUCCGCCGAAGAGCUGCAGGCAGCCAUCGACGGCAACCGACGGGAGGGCCGGCGGUCCAGCUAUGGCACGUAUGCCGACGUUGUGCCCGGCCGCAGCCACCCCCCACAACUCAACUCGCCCCUCAGCCUCGUGUCCCGGCACAUGAACGGACACGCUUCGAACCAUGGGGGCAGGGGCUCCUCCUCCCCUCUCCAGCUGGCCUACUACCCUCCGCACAGCAGCGCGCCUCUCAACCUGGCCUCCUCGCACGAAAACGGCAUCUAUGGGAAUCACGCACUCUCCUCAGGUUUUGUACAAUUCGGUGUCGUGCCUCCUCCAGAAUCCUACUCUAAUUCCACCAAAGAUUUUUCUAAGGUGCCUUCUCCAGAUUUCGACCAAAAUAAUUCACCCAAAGAUUUAUCUAAGGACUCUUCUUAUAAAAAUGGCCGAAGAAGUAGUGAAGAUGACAAUUGCAAUAGUGUCCCGUCCACCCCCAACCCUCUGGCGAUGCCCCAGGAGCAGGCCCUCAACCUGGAAGUGUCGCGGAACAACAACAGCAGCACCACCAACAAUGGCGGCGCGGACCACAAACCUCCGAUGGGUCUUCUGAGGGAUCCGGACAGCCACCACCACAACUCGAGUAGCAAGCGCCCCAAGAUCGAAGAGGACAGGUUGUCUCGGUCGGGGAUGCCCAGCACGCACAUCAAGAUCACCAGCAACAGAGACGGCAGAACGCAGUCUGACGGUUCCCUGAUGGUCAGCAUGGAAGUGAACGGCAUCCUGUACCAAGGAGUCCUGCUCGCGGCUCCGAACCACAGAAACCGCCUCUAACAGACGACACGUCUGCUCCUGCCUUUUGUGCCUUUGAAUACUUAAUUGGAGACAAAGACUUUAUUGACUAUGUGGACUCGCGCGCAUUUUUUCUCGUGGACCUAGCACAUCUAGGACAUUGAAGCAGCUCCUCUGCCAAACUUUAUUCUCAUCUCUUAAUGUCUAGGAAGAAACGAGAGGACCUUCUAUUGAUUCGAUUUGAGGUUUCUUCGUAAAAAGGAAUGA